CCCAAAUCUAUUAAAUCGGGUGAACCGCAUCCUUAUUAUGACCAUAUCAAUUACAACCAAUACAUCAAUACCAACUUUCGGUGUGGUUGCAUCCACAUCUUGGCAUCAAAAAAGCACCGCUUUACGGAGUAAUGCUAUGCCUCUCAAAAGCAUCGACCACUCUAUCCUUGCCACAUUGCCAUACCAGCACAUAUUCAGGUCGUUUAGCGCAACCCCCUUGCAGCACAAGCACGGUCUCGAUCACAUCCGAACAUUCACCCCAACAGCUCCCCUAAAACGAAAAAGAAAGGAAAAGCACAAAACCAAUAUACUGCGAGCGAACCGAACUCCUUACCAGCUGCAUGGCCACGGUGUCAUCCCUUGCCAAGCCCAUUUGGGGGUCAACGGCUCUCUAUUGCGAGCGUGUCGUUGCGCACGGCUCAACGCAGCGGCUGAGUUGGGACGCUGUGAGUGGACCACGAUGGAAAGAUGCGAACUUGAAGCUUGUCGUGUUACCGGUAGCUCUUGGGGCUAAUCCUUUGAUCGCGUGCUUGGCGUGGUCAGAUGAAGCUUUCAGCUGGAAGAAUCCGCCCCCAACAGCGAUCCAAUUGCGGAGUAAUUGAUCCCGUCAAGGGAGCGUUGAGCUGCGAUGACGGCACAUGUCGGGUUGUCCAGAGCGAGCUAAAUAUAGAGUAUUCAGCGC